CUCUUUAGAUCUCUCUUGAAGAGGGCUGGUAUAUUUGUGCCUGCUGGAGGUGGAAUUAACUGUAAGAAGGAGGAAGAGAUUGAAUGGAUUUACAGGAAGGAUUUCAAGUAAAUUCAGGGAAACACAUUUACUUGAACAGUAUAACCUUGGGUCUUGUUUUACACUAAGACCAUACAAAAGAUGUUCAAGUUAUCACUAGGCUGCCGGACAAAUAUAAUUCCAUCACCAAGGUGCAGAUCAGCGUAGAUCUGUGAUUCAGACCUCAGGAUUUGUUUUGGAAAGAGUUCAAGCGUUGAGAAGAAGUCAGAGCAAGUGAAGAGAACUUGGGAGCUACAGUCUAUCAGAAGACCAGCUUUCGUCAGUUCAAAUACCAAAGGCCUGAUUAUCAUAAAUUCACAUAGGAAUGCAUAGGUUAUUUGAUCAAAUAAUUUUAGCCAGCUUUUGCUCCAUCAACACCGCAAAAGUUCUUAACAACUGUGGAUAAUUAGAAAUCUGAAUUUCAGUUUUCUUAGAAAUAACUACUCUUGUCGUGUUCUAAGAUAUUUAAAGCAGGAGAAGAAAAUGGACUGAGGGUGCCGUGUUCAGAAAUGUCACUGUCAUGAAGAAUAGGUAAACUUGUUUUUACAGCUACUGGCGAAGUGUACCUCCAAGGAACCUGGAUUAUUAUUACUUUUUUCCAACUGGACAAGAAGGAUUAAAAAUAUCGACUUUUGCUUUUAUACAAAAAUGCAUUGGACUGUCUUUUUACUUAGGGGUAUUGUAGGCUUCCUCUGGAGCGGCUGGGUUCAAGUAGGUUAUGCAAAAGGAGGCUUGGGAGACAAUCACGUUCACUCCAGUUUUAUUUAUAGAAGACUACGGAACCAUGAAAGACGGGAAAUACAGAGGGAAAUUCUCUCUAUUUUGGGUUUGCCUCACAGACCCAGGCCCUUUUCACCAGGGAAACAAGCAUCUUCUGCACCCCUCUUUAUGCUGGAUCUGUACAAUGCCAUGGCUAGUGAAGAAAAUCCUGAGGAGUCAGAAUAUUUGGUGAGGGUAUCCCUGGCUGGAGAUGCCAAAGAGACAAGAAAGGGAUACCCAGCCUCUCCCAACGGGUUUGCGCAUCGUCUGCACUUACCUCCAAGGAUUCCUCUGACCACCCAGAGCCCACCUCUCGCCAGCCUACAUGAUACCAACUUUCUGAAUGAUGCUGACAUGGUCAUGAGCUUUGUCAACUUAGUUGAAAGAGACAAGGACUUUUCUCAUCAGAGAAGGCAUUACAAAGAAUUUCGGUUUGAUCUGACCCAGAUUCCACACGGAGAAGCAGUGACGGCAGCUGAAUUCCGGAUUUAUAAAGAUAAGAGCAACCAGCGAUUUGAAAACGAAACAAUUAAGAUUAGCAUAUAUCAGAUCAUCAAGGAAUACGCCAAUAGGGAUGCAGAUCUUUUUCUGCUAGAUACAAGGAAGACACAAGCUUUAGACGUGGGUUGGCUCGUCUUUGAUAUCACUGUGACCAGCAAUCAUUGGGUGAUUAAUCCACAGAACAAUUUGGGCUUACAGCUCUGUGCAGAGACGGGGGAUGGACGCAGCAUCAAUGUAAAAUCUGCUGGUCUUGUGGGAAGACAUGGGCCUCAGUCAAAACAGCCGUUCAUGGUGGCCUUCUUCAAGGCAAGUGAGGUACUUCUUCGAUCUGUGAGAGCAGCCAGCAAACGGAAAAAUCAAAACCGUAAUAAAUCCAGCUCUCAUCAGGACACCUCCAGGAUGCCCAGUGCUGGAGAUUAUAAUACCAGUGAACAAAAACAAGCCUGCAAGAAGCACGAACUCUAUGUGAGUUUCCGGGAUCUGGGAUGGCAGGACUGGAUCAUAGCACCAGAAGGGUAUGCUGCAUUUUAUUGUGAUGGAGAAUGUUCUUUUCCACUUAAUGCUCAUAUGAAUGCCACCAAUCAUGCCAUAGUCCAAACUCUGGUACACCUGAUGUUCCCUGACCAUGUUCCCAAGCCUUGCUGUGCUCCAACCAAACUAAAUGCCAUCUCGGUCCUGUACUUUGACGACAGCUCCAAUGUAAUUUUGAAAAAGUACAGAAAUAUGGUAGUACGUUCGUGUGGCUGUCACUAGCUGGAAGUGCUUGGGAUAAUGACAGAACAGAUCUGUGUUAUGUUUAUGACCACAGUAAAAAGCAGGGAAAUGGGGAAUUUCCUAAAAUUGAUCUGGGUCAUUUCAUCGCUCCAUGUAUGAUAUCAUGUAUAUACACUUCUUAUUUAUUUAAAAUUAUGUAUUCUCGUUUGAAUGCCUUACCAGUAAAAUCUGCUAAAGAUCUCCGUAUUAUAUAAUAGAUUCCUAAUCUAACUUUUGUUGGGGAGUGAUGAGUCUAGGUUAAUUCUAUGCCAACAUUUUUCUCCAGGCUAAUAUAAAUAAUUUUCUGAUAUUAAGUAGAACUCUUUUGACAGUUUAAUAUUGAGGGGAAAUGAAUACAUUUGACAUAUUGCACUAACUAAAAUUAAAAUGGAAUAUCUAGAAAUAAAGUAACUAACAACCAAAAUUUAAAAAAAAACACGCACAUUGUUUGACAUUUGUGCUUCUUUGGCUAAAGUAAAAUGUUGAACUGGAUUUGAAUUAGUGAAACUAUGCUGUUGAGGAUAUUGGGGAUGCAUUAAGUACAGGCCGGACAUAGAAGCUGGAAGACUACAUAAUUAUUUUAACUGUUCUCUUUAAUGGAGUUAGGAGAAUGCUGUUUCUUGCUUCUGACUGGCAGAUUUUGUUUUGUUUUAUUUUGUUUUUUGCAAGAAGAUGAAAGCUUCAGGCUUGAGUCUAUGUCUACCUGUUUCCAAACUGAUACAAAAAAAGUACCUCAAAUAAAUCAGCCUGACCAUGGUCUAUAACACUACAGCUACAGUGGAGUUUUCUCUCUUUCUUGUUUAAAACUUAAUCCAGUGUAAAGAAAUAAUCGCAUGUGCUCCAUCCCACGCCCUACAGACAAGAGCCACUUCACGCACAGUGUGCUGGAACUCAUCACUCCAACAAAACCUCUUGCUGUCACUUGCCUUUAUAAUGGACAUCGCCAGCUGAUGUGAUAUAAGGGAUUUUAUUCAGAGUGAGAGUAUUGACAUUAAAUUGAAAAAAAAAUCACAGAAUGACUUUGACGGAAUCACCAUUUUAAAACAGCUACAUGCCGUUUUCCACGUUUUUGAGAAUACGUUCAGUGAAAAAUCCAAUUUUACAAAGGGAUUUUAGAAACCUUCCUCCAAGCAUGAAUAAGUAUGAUAGGGAAGGUUCUGGGGUGGUGUGAAAGUGUGGUGUGUGUGUCCAUCCGUGUGUGUGUGUGUGUGUGUGUGUGUGCACUCAAAUGCUUUUCUCUCUGAUGUUUAUUUAUUUUAUGUCUGCUGGAUCAGUGAUCAUGACCGGUGAUUAAGAUCUUUCUGCAGCUCACACGACUUUCUGAAGAGUGGGUCUCUAGCUGAUCACUUACUUCUUUUUGUCACCUCCAUGGUGAGGCUUGUAGAAUUUGGCUGAAAGUAUUCACAAAGCACUGUCUCUAACUCACCGUUUGUAGCUUUCAAGCAAGAAUCCAUCGCUAAUAAUUUCCAAACAUUGUGGCUUGUUUGUAAUUCAGAUAUUUUACAAUGUUGUUUUAAAACACAGUUUACGGUAUAAAAACUAUGGUAUUGAUGAUAUUGGGGGAUGCAGUAAGUAAUAUAUUUUUAGUUAAUAAAUUAAUAGUGUAUCAGUGAGGAUAAGACUAGAGAUUAAAAAAUAGAAUUUUAUUAUAUUAUUCUUUAAAUGUACUUCUUGAAUGUAUGUUUAAAUUUAAAAUAUAUUAAACUCAUGAUGCCAACCUCUGUUGUGGUUUGUGUGUGUA